CUAUUUCUUAAGACAAUGAGAGCGCAUGUCUUCCUCGAAAUCUAUUUUAAAAUUCUGAUCUCAAGAAUCAGUUGUGAAUCCAUUCUUUCGUGUGAGAGGUUCUAAUAGUGAGAGUUGUUUGCGAGAAGUUUGAGAAAGUCUUCGCUUAGUUUCAAUUAUUAAUCAAACUUUUAUAAGAAAUGGCAGACCUGAAACCACCGGAAGUUGAGAAGGCGAGGCUUCACUUUGAUAUCUAUGAUUUUGAGGGCGAAGCGAAAGUGGAUUAUGUAAAUUUGGGAGAUAUCCUCAGAUCACUAGAUCUGCGCCCGACUCUAGCCAUGAUUGAGAAGAGCGGCGGAACCAAGAAGAAGGGAGAGAAAUUAAAUGAUCCGGAAGUGGAAGAAAUCUUGAAAACCUGUGCCGGUCAGGAAGACGAGGACGGGUUCAUCAAAUACGAGGAAUUCCUUCCGAUUUAUAGUCAAAUAAAGAAAGAGAAAGAAGUCGGAGCUUUCGAGGACUUUAUGGAGGGAUUAAAAGUGUACGACAAGGCAGAGAACGGAACCAUGUUGGCCGGCGAGUUGGCUCACGUACUCCUCUCCUUAGGAGAGAAAUUAAAUGAUCCGGAAGUGGAAGAAAUCUUGAAAACCUGUGCCGGUCAGGAAGACGAGGACGGGUUCAUCAAAUACGAGGCACUGACCACACCAUUGGAUCCAAUGGCAGCUCAUAUGGCACUCGAGAGACCCAAACCUAAUUACUAUAGACAAGAAAUACGGUAUCAAUUGAACCAAAGAGACCAAACGGAGACCACUUCUAACGACUUGCAUAUAUGGAAACAUUACCUGUAUGAACUGCAGCAGAAGGCGCCCACUCCUAAGCGAGUCCUCUGUCAUCGGGAUGUGUCUCAUAAACCGCCACAUUAUGGCAGAGAAUUUCACGGCGUUUUGUCGCGCGAAGAAGCGGAACGAAUGCUUACCGAAGAGGGAGAAGACGGUCGAUAUCUGGUGCGGGAGAGUCUCCGAAAUAGGGGUCAAAUGACGCUGAGUUUGCGGUUUAAUGGGAUCACCAAAAACUUCCGCCUCUAUUACUCGGGACAGCACUUUGUGGGCGACAAAAGGUUUGACACAAUCCAUGAUUUGGUGGCCGACGGACUCAUCACUCUCUUCAUGGAACUGCACGCCAAAGAAUAUAUCGAGAAUAUAAGCAAUGGUUGCACUUAUGAAGAAUCUCCUUAUAUGACACUCUAUAAGAAGAAGAAUAAGAAAUCACAACAGAGUAAAGCCAAAGGCAAGGCAUCGGAUGCCAUGCAAUUGAAGAGACUGUCCACCUAUGAGGAAGAGAACGACGCCGACAGCAGUUACGGCACCGACAGUGCGUCCAUUGAUGUCCAACAGUUUGAAAAGGUGCACAAUUUUAAGACACAUAACUUUAUGGGCUCACCAUGGUGCGAUUUCUGCGGCAAUUUCAUAUGGGGUAUCAUUGGACAGGGAGUCAAGUGCGAGGACUGCGGAUUUGGUGCUCAUCGCAAGUGCUCCGAGAAAGUACCCAACGAUUGCAGUCCCGAUUUACGUCACAUCCGAAGAAUAUUUGGCGUUGAUUUGACCACUUUUGUAAAGGCCAGUAAUAAUGUCCGACCCUUUGUUGUGGACCUCUGUGUCAAAGAAGUCGAGAGAAGAGGCAUGAAUGUCGAGGGUUUAUAUCGAGUGUCGGGCUCUGCCGAUGAGAUCGAGGCUUUAAAGUGCAGAUUUGAGAGCGAUUGGGAACAAACAGAGCUCUACUUCAAGUCAUUCGAAGACAUUCACGUAAUAACCGGUGUUUUGAAGCUAUACUUCCGAUCGCUUCCCAUUCCAUUGAUUACAUUUGAUUCGUACCCGAAGUUUAUUUCAGCCAUAAAGAAAAGUAAUUGUGAACAACGAUUGAGUGCAAUGAAAGAGGCCGUCAAUGGGUUACCGCCGGCCAACUACCAGACCUUGAAAUUCUUUGUCUCACAUCUCUAUAAAGUGACCACAUAUGAGGGCAAGAAUCUGAUGUCAGCCAAGAAUUUGAGUCUAAUAUUUGGUCAGACAUUACUCCAUACGCCAAACAUUCCGAUGCUUUUCCAAGUGAACUGUUGGCAAAACGAGAGCGAUGUGAUCGAGACUCUCAUCGUAUUUCAUUCCAAACUAUUCCAUAAGUAGUGACACCACAGGUGCUAAUCAGUGCUCAAACAGCGCUAAUCCAUACUAAUUCUGGUGCAUCUAGUCUUCAAAAUACUAAAAUAAAAUGAAAACUUCGACUCUUUUCUAGUUAUCCGAUUUGUGCCAACUUUUGCUCACAUUUUGUUUGAUUUUUUAUUACGAGAUUUUAUUGUUUUAAACAUUUUUAUUGCAAUUUUAUAUUUCAUUAUUUUCUAACUUAAGGAAAGUCAGUAUUUAUUAAAGAAUUUCUAAGGAAUUUAAUAUAUUAUACGAUUAAUAAGUUAUUAACAAUUAAUACCUGUAUUUACUAUACCC